GUUAGGUACAGACAUGGCUACUAAGAGUUCGCUCUUCUUGUUGGCUGCCCUGGUCCUGGGCAUCUUAGCUGAUACCUCUGAGGGCCAAGAGUUGCGAUGCCAGUGUAUUCACACACAUUCUGAUUUUAUUUCUCCCAAACUCAUUAAAAACAUCCAGGUGGUCCCUGAAGGUCCUUACUGCAACAGAAAAGAAGUCAUAGUCAGAUUGAAAGAUGAGACAUUAAUUUGUUUGGACCCUGAUGCUGAGUGGGUGAUGAAUAUUAUCAAAAAGAUUGCGGACAGGUAUAAUUAAAGCCCCAAGUUCUCACAGUCACAAUGUUUUCUCCCUUUUAAGAUUAAAACUAUACUUAGUGGUAAAUACAGACCCUGCUAUAGGUUGCCAUAAAAUUACAAGACUAGAAUAAGCCUUGAUCAGUGGAUCUGAAAGUGUGAUGAAAUGAACAGUACAGUUACCAGCAGCUGGAAAGUUGUUAGAAA